AUGGCGGUUGAAAAUAAGUUCAUUACAACUGAAGAGCUAAGGAAGCACAACAAGCCUGAUGAUCUGUGGAUUGCUAUCCAGGGCAAGGUUUACAAUGUCACAAAUUGGUCUAAGGAACACCCGGGUGGGGAUAUCCCACUCCUGAAUCUGGCUGGGCAGGACGUCACUGAUGCGUUCAUUGCUUUCCAUCCAGGUAGUGCUUGGCAAUAUCUUGAUAAAUUAUUUACUGGGUAUCAUGUGAAAGAUUUUCAGAUCUCGGAGGUGUCCAAGGAUUAUAGAAAACUUGUUUCUGAGUUUGCAAAAGCAGGGCUUUUCGAAAAGAAAGGACAUGGUGUGAUCUAUUCUCUUUGUUUUGUUGCUUUGAUGCUCUUCACAUGUGUUUAUGGGGUGUUGUAUUCUGAUAAUUUCUGGAUUCAUAUGUUGUGUGGUGGGUUGUUGGGGUUUUCCUGGAUUCAAGUGGCUUAUCUUGGUCAUGAUUCUGGGCAUUACCAAGCGAUGAUGACUCGAGGAUGUAACAGAGUUGCCCAGAUUCUUAUUGGGAAUUGCCUUACUGGGAUCAGCAUUGCUUGGUGGAAGUGGACUCAUAAUGCCCACCACAUUGCCUGCAAUAGCCUUGAUUAUGAUCCGGACCUUCAACACUUGCCUGUUUUUGCGGUCUCUUCGCGUCUAUUUCAUUCAUUGACAUCCGUUUUCUAUGGAAGAAAGUUGACAUUUGAUCCAUUGGCUAGGUUUUUUGUGAGUUAUCAACAUCUAACCUUUUAUCCUGUGAUGGUUGUUGCGAGAUUUAAUCUUUAUUUGCAGACUUUCCUGUUGUUGUUCUCCAAGAGAAAGGUACCCGAUAGAGCUUUGAACAUUGUUGGGAUCCUUGUUUUCUGGACUUGGUUUCCUCUUCUUGUUUCAUUCUUACCCAAUUGGACAGAGAGGGUGUUGUUUGUGCUAGCAAGCUUUUGUGUUACAUCAAUCCAACAUGUUCAAUUCUGUUUGAACCAUUUCGCGGCCAAUGUUUAUGUUGGACCCCCUAAGGGGAAUGAUUGGUUCGAGAAACAAGCGGGUGGGACGAUUGACAUUUCAUGCGUCUCUUGGAUGGAUUGGUUCUAUGGUGGGUUGCAAUUCCAGCUUGAGCACCAUUUGUUCCCUCGGAUGCCUAGGUGCCAAUUGAGAAAGGUUUCGCCUUUUGUGAGGGAACUAUGCAAGAAGCAUGAUUUGCCGUAUAGGAGUCUUUCCUUCUAUGAGGCCAAUGUGCAGACAAUCAAGACUCUCAGGGACGCGGCCUUGCAGGCUCGGGACCUCACCAACCCUGUUCUGAAAAAUUUGCUUUGGGAAGCCGUCAACACCCAUGGCUGA